UCAACGGUCCCGUCGAGAGAGAGAGCAGCGGACGACACGAUGGCGGAUGAGGACGGCGAGCUGCGGGCGUCCGUCUCCGCCCCGGCUGGGGGGGGACAGCCCAAAACCGGGGAGGAGCCGCUGGGAGCCCCCUCUCACUGCACGGCAGACACCCAGACGGAGUUUCGGGAGAGCGAGGCCCAGACCGAACCCUACGCCCCCAGAUAUGCGCCCGGUCCCGGGACCCCCCCGGAGCUGCUGACCCUGGCUUCUCUGAAGACGGGGCGUGGUCUCCCCCCCGGGCUGACGGAGGUGGAGAAGCUGGAGUUCGCCCGCAGGAGGCGUGCCCAGGAGAUGCUGCUCCCGCCCUUCAGUGACCUCACACAGCUCGCCAAGCGGGAGAGGAUGAUGAUGGAGAUAGAGGGGGAGAGGUGGACGUGCAGGGAGAGAGAGAUCCAGAGGCAGCACGACGCCCGGUUGGACCAGCUGUCCCAGCACCUGUGGCAGCGGGAGCAGCUCCAGCAGAACGUCACCAACAAGCGCCUGGAGAAUCGCUUCGUCCAGCGCCAGCGCGACAAGACCGCCAAGAUCGAGAAGCUGCACAAGGACUACUUCUCCUCUCUCAGCAGGCUGAUGGACAGCAGGCGGGAUGUGGGCGGGGUGCUGGAGACUCAUAAGAUCAUGAAGGAGUACUCAGCGCAGGCCAAACGGGUGUUUGGGCCCCGCCCGCACAAGAGCCACGCCCCCGACCUGGACGCCCUGCUGCAGGCUGUGAAGAGCAAGUACCUGGGCAGCUACGAAGGUCUGAUGGAGCUGGAGGCCCACAUCCCACCCUCGGUCACUGAGCUGUGCAUCAGCGCGCCCAAGCCCAAGUCCUUCAAGGGCUUCGUCAAGCGCACCGAUCGGCAGGAGCUGAAGCUGAUGAGGAUACAGCAGACCCUAAAAGCGGAGAAGCUGAAGGUGGAGGAGAAGCCGUACCGGUUCCUGCGGCGGCUGGAGAAGCCCCGUUUCCCCGCCCUGGUGGCCGAGCACCUUCCCGAGGAUGAUGAGGAAGACGAUCUGCCCAUCAUCUUCCUACAGAAGGCUUUGAAAGGAACAUCUUUCAUGGCCUUGGUGUAUGAGGGCAAGGAGAGGCGGUUGGAGCUGAUCCAGGAGCUGCGCAGUACUCACGCUCUCCAGCAGGGGGAGCAGGAGCUGCAGAAGGCUGAGAAACAGGCCACACUGGCCCUGCAGAGACAGAGAGAGCUGCAGCAUCACAAGGAGUCAGAGGCCAUCGGCUACCGGUGGGGCAUGGUGGGCAAGGUGGUGGCGGACAUGUUGGACUUCCUGUCGGAGUAGCUGCCUCGCGCGGAGGGUGGGUGUACUUCCUGCCCGGUCAGAGAGGGACUGGCGGGAGACGGAAAGGAAGAGAUAAGAGAAGAAAAGCAAAGGAAGUGAGGGAGGAGAGAGGGAGGAGAGUGAGGGAGGAGAGUGAGGCCGUUCCUCCUGUUUUUCCUUCUCUCUGUUUUCUCUGCUCUGGAAAUGCGUGCCUCAGUCCUGGCUCACACUCUGUGUACCCUUAUUUCCUUUUUUAAUAAAAAAAAAUAAACAAAAAAAAAUCUUAACAGCAUCAGCAGAAACAAGGAACUAUUUAUAAUCCUGCUGGUGUGAAAAAGCAAGAGAUGGCAGGGCACUUUAAAAGCCUUUUUAUUUUAACAGCUUUUCUAUUUAACAGGUUUGUGUUGUGUUGUGUUGUGUUGUAUCAAUUCACGGUGAUUUUCUGAAGUAUAUCCACUAAUUAUUGUCAGUAACUUUUGCAUUUAACGAGGGCAACCCCAGCUGUGUAACUUGUGUUUACAAAUAAAUGUGCUUGAAACAUCG